UUUACUCAAGUUUUUUAACACCCCUAUUUGUAAUGCAGUAGGAAUUGACAUAAAAGGUCGUGAUAUUGUAAAUCACUUGGGCCGAUCAACACCAAUCACUUCCCUUUUUCAAAAGGGUGUCGCAAUGGGUACCACUAUGUCUAUUACUAGACAUAAAAGUGAGUCAUCCUAUCGGAUUUAUGCUCGGCCUUCUAACAAGCAAAAAGAAGAUGCUUUGUCUUUAUUAAUUAAUAGCGUUGGAACAUUACCGUCUAAUUUACAAGAACAAGAAACUUUAACAAAACCAUUCCGUCAACCCUUGCAUAACACUGCCAAAGCAAAUUUACCAUUACAUAUCAAUGCUACAAAACGAAAUCCUACACUUGGUGGACGUCGAACAAUUCAUAAAGCUCCGCGUAAAGAUAAUUCUUAUGAAGAUACAUCUGAAAAAAAUAUUUCUAGUGCACCA